AUGUCUCUCCAGCAACUGGGGCUCAUCCCACAAUACCGCACCGAAGCAGCAGCAGUGAGGAGAGUGCAGUCUCCAGCUGAGCAGAGUGACCCUUCAGACCCCGUGGACCCUCCAGCAGCAGUCAGCAGUCCCUGUGAGCUGACUUUUGCAAUCCCCGUGACUCGAUUGCAAGACCCGUCUCUCCAGCAACUGGGCCUCGCGCCGCAGUACUGGUGCGUGUGUGUGAAUGCACCGCUGUGUGUGAAUGCACCGCUGUGUGUGAAUGCACCGCUGUGUGUGAAUGCACCGCUGUGUGUGAAUGCACCGCUGUGUGUGAAUGCACCGCUGUGUGUGAAUGCACCGCUGUGUGUGAAUGCACCGCUGUGUGUGAAUGCACCGCUGUGUGUGAAUGCACCGCUGUGUGUGAAUGCACCGCUGUGUGUGAAUGCACCGCUGUGUGUGAAUGCACCGCUGUGUGUGAAUGCACCGCUGUGUGUGAAUGCACCGCUGUGUGUGAAUGCACCGCGUGUGUGUGAAUCACCGCUGUGUGUGAAUGCACCGCUGUGUGUGAAUGCACCGCUGUGUGUGAAUGCACCGCUGUGUGUGAAUGCACCGCUGUGUGUGAAUGCACCGCUGUGUGUGAAUGCACCGCUGUGUGUGAAUGCACCGCUGUGUGUGAAUGCACCGCUGUGUGUGAAUGCACCGCUGUGUGUGAAUGCACCGCUGUGUGUGAAUGCACCGCUGUGUGUGAAUGCACCGCUGCACGUGGGCAGUGCAUACAGGGACGGACAACCAGGGACAGCACACAUGACUGAGCGAGUGCGAGUGUAUGCGGCAGGAAGAAGGAUGGGCACAGGCAUGGGGGCAACAGUGGAGGAGGCGAAGAGAGACGGAGCAGCCAAGGCACUGCUAGCAUGGGGUAAGGUGUGGUUUGGGGGAGGGGGGGAGUGA